AGAGGGGACAAUGACCUUUGGGCUUCAAGCUUGGCCUUCAAGUUACACAUUUCACAAAGUCUUCAAAAGAUCUUUACAAAUACCCUCUUGCCUUUAAUCUCAGCACUCUGGAAGCAGAGGCAGGAAGAUCUUUUUUAGUUUGAGGCCAGCACGAUCUACAAAGUGAGCUCUGAGGCAGCCAGGACUACAUAGAGAAACCCUGUCCAAGCCAAAAAAUCCCUUUGGCUUCAGUUGGUAUGUGUCAUGAACCACUAACUGUCUGCUUUCUACUCAGUCCUUGGUCAGACCAUGGAAAGUUUCCUAGAGCCAGUGUGUGAGCUUAAAGUGGGCUUUCCAAUAUGCCGUCUUGGAAUCUAAACUUUCAACUUUUACUAUCAGGUAUGUCUGCCAAAAAAAAAAAGUUCAUUGAAAACAAAAGGCAGGUUAAUCCCAGCACUCAAGGGACAGAGGCAGGCCACUCUCUGAGUUCAGUGCAAAUCAGAUAGGACUUUAGAGUGAGACUUUGUCUCACAACAAACAAAACAACCUUUCCUGACACCCACAAACCUACCUGUAAAUUAGGCGUGUACUCAUUCCCACAAUACACUAAUUUAACAGUCUUUUAUUGAAACUCUUCUGUGUGCCAAGCAUCGGGCUAUGAGUUGUAGGGGCAUUUUCUCCUUGCAGCUCUUUUGUUUACGUUCGUAUCAGGUAUGAAAGAAUCAGAUUCAUUCUUUGUGAUGUGCAUACAUAAAGGAGUAAUUAUUAGUUAGCCUUUCUCACAACAAAUGAUUAUUUUUUGAAGUUAUUAACUACACUGCAGGAGUCCUAUAACUGCUCUUGUAGAAAAGGUAGGCCAUGGGGCUGGAGAGAUGGCUCAAGAGUUAAGAGCACUGACUGCUCUUCCAGAGGUCCUGAGUUCAAUUCCCAGAAACCACAUGGUGGCUCACAACCAUCUGUAAUGGGAUCCAAUGCCUUCUUCUGGUGUGUCUGAAGACAGCUACAGUGUGCUCACAUAAAAUAAAUACAUUAAAAAAAAAAAGGAAAGGUAGGUCAGUGAAAUGGUUUAGUUCCCCACUGUGUGGUGCUGUUUUGGUGCCCAUCCAGCACCCUCCAUUUCUAUCUUGUGGCUACAACACGACCUUAUUCUUUUGGGUACUGAGCUCUUCUAUUCUGCAUGGUUCUGGAAUGACUGCAAUAGAGUAUCUCACUCUGUGCUUAGAUGGUAGGCAGGCAACAUUUUCACAAGUGUUUGCCACAGAGCCCAUGGACCCAGUAUGACUGGGAGUUUUUCCUCUGUCUGUCUUCACCUCAAUAAAGUAAAAGAUACCGUGUGAUGAGGCCAGAUUCAAAGGUACAGUGUUUUGUAGUUUUGCAGGCAAGGGGCCCAAGGAAAAGUUUAAACACAUGCUAGGAGUUGCAGGUCCCCAGGGAUCAUGAAGGCUGCUGUCACCGAUCUCGCAGUGAACUGAGAAGCUGGAACUAUAGUGCAGGCAACUGGGGCUCUGAUAAGGGAGGUCAAGGGUUAUGUUCCUCAGUAGCGUCUAGAUUUAGACGUGGGAGUCAAACCAGGAGUUCAGAGUUUAUUAAGGAAGAGUUCAAUACUGGAGAGCAAAUAAGUCACCAGCUUGCAAAUGACACCUGGACAAUUGCUUCAUAUGCUGGGUUGCUGUCUUUGCUAACUUUGUAGGACAGGGAUAAGGUAAGGUCUAGUGAAGGUGAAUGGUAGCUAAUAGUAGUUGGAAGUGUAGACCCUUGGCAGGUACAGUUUCUUCUCUUACAGAUUUCUUCAUCUGGGCCUGAAUUGUUGGCUUGGUCAUCAAUGCACUUGCUGUGCUAGUGUGAGAACCCUGAUUGGAUCCCUACCACUCACCUGAAAAGCAUGAUGUUCACAAUCUCAGCACUAGAAAAACUGAUCCAGGUGGCUCUCUGGGGCUCCCUGGCCAGCUAGCCUAGCCUAAUUCCUAAUCCUACAAGAUCCAAAGCACAAUGAAAGACUCCAUCUCAAAAACCAAGGCAGGAGUAGCCACUCUCCCCAAUCAAUAUAGUGCUUGGAGUCUUAGCUAGAAUAAUAAGACAAAGGAGAGAAAUUAAAAGAGCUACAAACAGGAAAAGAAGGCAGAACAUCUCUAUUUGCCGAUGAUAGUCUAUACAUGAGAGAUCCUAGAGACUCCACCAAAACACUUGUAGACAUGAAGUACACUUUCUCACUCAGUUCAAGCUUCCAAAUGACAGAUUUAGAGUUUAUAGUAGGUUUCUACAGCAACACUACAAAUACAACCCAUAUCUUCUAAUGAUCUCAACUGUGUAGACCUGUCUUAUAACUGAUGACUUGAAGGCUUCAUGCUGAUAUUCUCCAACUCAGCUUGAUUCUCUGUCCUUUCCUCAUCCUAGUUUCUGUUGACAUGUUGAGAGCAUCCCCGUCUACCCGGAAGAAGCACAUCAAGGAACUUAAAGCAUCCUUUGGUUCUUGCAUUCAUUGUUUCCCAUGAAGGAUGGCUCCAUCGUGCCCUCUAUAUUUACCUACUGAAUCGAUUACCCUAAUUCGGAUCCUUAUCACUGAGAUGUAGACUAGCCAAUAGUCCCAUCGCUGUCUCUUUCCCAACCAGUCACAGUCAAUGCCAACAAGGUCAUCUUGGACAGCUAAGCCAUCCUCUUUCGGAGAAUAUGACCUCGUCUGCAUUAACAUAUCUACAAAGUAAAGUCCAAGCUCUUUAUCCAAAUACCAUUGGCAUCUUGCUGUACUGUGUUAAUGUCACCCCUUAGUACUCCUUUCCCUUAAACUGCAUAUACAUCACACACAAGCACACACUUGUAUAAAGAAAACCACAACAUAUUACUUCAGUUCUCCUGUUCUUUGGCAUACGAUCCUCUUCUAAUCCUUCGCUGUCCAGUGUCAGUAUGAUAUUGCCCCCAACCCUUCUCUGUCCACAUCCAGAAUAAGGUCUUUAUUCUGUGGUUCCACACAUGUAAUCCGGGCUCACUUGGGGUAUUCAUCAAUCGCACUGUAGUCUUUUAUUUAUGCAUCUGCUUCCCCCACUGAAAGGUGAGCUUUUUCUCUGCUAAUGGCACGGGAAUUGGCUUCAUCUCUUUUUCGCUGGCUUUUCUUUUAAACACCUGAAUUCCAGCUUGUUGAAUUUGGAGUCCGUCCUGUGAGAAGCCAUAGGGAGGGAGUUGGAUCAGCAGUCUUUCUUGUUUCUGGCACACAUGAAGGAGUGGAAUUUAGGAAUAAUGAAAGAAACUAACCUUCUCUGCAUAAGUACACAACAAUGCACUUUCUUUUUUAUUGAUUCUUUGAGAAUUUUACACUAUGUACCCCAGUCCCACUCAUCUCCCUGUCCCUUUGUACUCACCCUCUACCCUUGCAAUCUAUCCACCAAAAGAAAAAAAACUCAUUGUGGAAGCUGUAGUGUGUCACAUUAUGUCCCAUGGGAUACCCAUUUGUCUCCACAUUUUUACUUGCAAAUGUUCAUUGCAAUGAGACACUGAUGCGGUUUGAGGCUUCUGGCUUCUCCUACACUAUAAAUAGCGGAUACUCACUGGAGCUCCUCACGGAUGGAUAUCUUUGUGUUCCCCUGUGUCAUGGAGAUUCAGCAGCUUUGGAUUCAGCAGGACCAUCCCCUUCAUGCACCCCAGCAGAUGGGGUAGAUGUUGGGGUGAGCCAACUCAAAGCCCUGGGUCUGGGUCUUGUGGUAGCUGAAGCUGGCCAGAGUGCCAGCUCUCCUGUCUCCACACCACUAGGGUGAGCUCUCCAGCACUAUCUUGUAGGGAGCGGUGCGGCAGCUGUAUGAUAAUGAGGUGAAUCUGGCGCCCUCCUAACAACAGUACUGAGAACAGUACUGAGCAUGCGUGGAGUUUUGCACCUGCCGUCAGCCUGCCUGGGGCGGUACUAUGCUAAAUGGGAGUUCAUGCUGCGCCAAUCUCUGGAGGACAAGUAGCUGGGAUGGCAGUGGGGUGACUCGUGCCCCACAAUCCCUGAAAGAAGAUUAGCAUACUGUUGUGUAUAUAAGCCGAGUGGCAAAGCCGCUCGGCGAGGUAACACUUAAAGCUGUAACACUUGGAGCUGUAACACUUGGAGCUGUAACACUUAGGGCUGGCUGCCGCCGCCUCCCUGUAUCAACAAAGAAGGUGUCCUGCAGUAAAGGCUGUUGAGAAGAAUCCAACCGUGUUGCGUCUUCCUUGCCGGACGAGGUGGGCGUGACAAAGUGGUGGCCCGUACGGGGACGAGGACAUCCUCGUGGAUCUCAGAACUCUUCAGCUUCAGGACGAGCGACGUCGGAAAAGUUCCCGAAUCAAGAAAAUCCAAUUUGGGUACCUGAGCGCUUGACUCGAAAAUUGCCUUCUGCUCUUCCUGAAGAUGAGACUAUGAACCCUACUAUUGCUACUGGGAAUGAUAAUACAGGUUAAUUCGAUCACCCUGUGGGCUAUUGCCAGAUCCUGGCCAGUACCCAUGCCAGUCCAUAGCAAUUCUACUGUUUUACCAACCUUUUUCUCUACUUCCUGUUUGCGUGAUGUUCCUUGUAUAGUGCCAACUGGAGAAAUGCCCCAACGGUAUGCCGCCACUAACGUUUCUCUGUUGCAUACCUUAUGUUUUACCAUUAAAGACUCUUCCCUGCCCUGUAUUUGGCUAGGUAGAGCCAAAUUAGCUAAUUGGUUGAAUCCUAUAAGUGACAGCACAAUGAACACCGGGAUCAUCCUGGCUGCUUUGAGUCAAAUUGCCCAGGGAGUCUCUUCACCCAGCGAGGACAUGUCAGUCGAUAGUUCUGCUGAUCUGAACAUUACAACACUAAUUGUGAUGCAUAAUUGUAGUGUUCCAUCAUGCCCAGGGCAAGGUAACUAUGCACAGAAUAGCUCUACCCGUCGUAGAGUCUUACCCGCUUGCCCCCCGCAUCAAGAGUUUCCACCUAAUUUUACCCCAUGUCAGAGUCCAUUCCAUAGAACAAAACAAUUCCUACCGGGAUUUGAAUUUUCCCCUCCUCUUGGCCAUGUACAGUAUGACUGGGGGGAGAAUAAGACUGGCAAGCAUAAUCUCUGGCCUUGGUUUCAAUGGGUGCUGUCCAAUGAGCAAGGGGCAUAUACAUCCCUGACCUCCUUUGCUAGGUUGAUGGGUGAGAACUUCACGCUGUAUAAUGUUUCGGCUACUAGAAAAAAUGAUACCAGGUUGACCAAUAUUCAAUAUAAUAACCUUUUGGAACAUAAUACUGCCACUAGUACUUCAGUAUGUGUUAGAUCACCUUUUUUCUUUCUGAUAAGCACUAAUGUCAGCAAUGGUGUUUUAAAUUGUAAUAGCUCUGAUGUAGUCUGCUAUUUAGCUGAAUGCUGGGAUGGCAACAAUGACACCACAGUGAUGGUCAAGAUUCCCUCCUUUGUAUCCUACUUCCUAGAGUUUUCAGAGCCUAACAAAAACAAUAUCACCAGCUAG